GCCCAUGAGCACAGUUCUUCACGACGCCUGUCCUCCAUCGCCAUCUCGGUCUAGCCUCGUGUCCGCCUAAUGUGCGGGGCGAGCAAUUGGAGAUGCUAACCGAAACCUUGCCGCUCCCGAUAGGUGGUGAAUAACCUCUGCGGCGCCUUCCUCGACUUCGACGCCCAAAUGAAAUGAUGCAGACGAAAGAGGAAAAUCCAGUAGCAACUUGUUGUGACAUAUUUGUGUCAGAUUUGUGUGUGUCUGUGUGUACAAGAAAACUGCAUUCUGCUAUUCGGAAUUAUUACAUUCAGGAUAACUAUGUAUUCCAAGAAGAGGGGAUGCCAACAUCUCAUGUUUAUCAUGGUUCAUUUUUGCUCUUCUGGACCAUUAAAUGAGACCAUGAUAUCAACAUUGAGCUAGUUGAAGAGAUGUUAAUGAAAGAUCACCACUCCGAUUACCAUCUACUUCAGUAUUCAGUGAUUCAUGGAGUGACUGCUAGCUUCGCUUUAACAUGCUUUCAAGUGUACUCAACAUCUAAGAUAUGAGGAAAGAGGAAGGGAGUAGUUGUUGAUUUAAAGCUUGCAAGCAAAGCAGGGGAAAGAGCGAAGAAAGGGGAAAAGCCAGCAACCAAACAAGCAGCAGCACCAGUGCACCCCAACCCAUGCCUCUCUCUCUCUCUCUCUCUCCCCCCCCCCCCCCCUCCUCCAUAUGCUAUCAAGAUGUCAUAAAGGAGAUUUUGAACUAAAUGUUAGCAGGAGAGUGGAUUAAGAUUUGUAAAGCACGUUGCUCCCUCUUUCUCUCUCUCUCUCUCUCACUGCGUUGUAUGGCGUGUUUGCAAGAAGUGCAUGUGAGAGAAGCAGGGAGGACAUAAAAAGCCCGCCUUUGCAUGACUGACUGAUUCAUCGGGUUCAAGCGUCUCUCCCUCUCUCUCUUUCUCUCCUGUGUUGUUUUGUUUCCCUACUGUUCGACAUUGAGAAACGUUGGUGAUGAGCAGGCAGAAGAGAAGGGGCUAUUAAGGAAGCAAAGUUUCCGUUGAUUCUUGCCGUCGACUCCGCCACCGUUUCUUCUGCCCGCCUUGUUUUGCUCCUCUCUCGGAAUGGCAGUUCAAGCCCACUACGGAUCCAACAUUUUGCUUCUGAAUAGAAGCGAGCAGGAGAAGAAGGAGAUGGACUCCUCUCCCCAGGCCGCGACGCGGGACGGAGGUGAGACAAAGUUGACUCCUUCCUGGUGCUUCCAUUUGUUUUCUUUGAGAUGGAGAUGGGUCUGCUGUUGGGCAGCGAAUAAGGAAGCGCGGAAGAGAGGGAGGGAGGCCGCCGGCGUACCAAUGGCGCCGUCGCCGCCGCCGCAGCAGCAGCAGCAGAGCCGCCUUUUAAGCUUCCUCUCGAUGAAACCACAACCUUGUUCGCCGGCACCUGUGAGCAUCGCCGAGCUCCAAAUGCACCCGCCGUCCCAGGUUUCUCUUGGCCUCCGUCUCACCGCCGAAGAGAAGCGACGCCACAGGAGAGAGACGCAAUCCAAUCCCCUUCUCUCCUCCGCUUCCUCUUCCUCUGUCUUACAUGAAGAACUUGUCGCGCUUGUUAACCAUCAGAGGGACGAAAUCGAGACGCUUCUCCUUGCUCAGGAGGAGCAGCUGCGGCGGGCAUUGGCGGAGCGACGGCAGAGGCAGUACCGUGCUUUGUUGAAUGCGGCUGAGGAGUCAGCCGCGCGGCGGUUGCGGGAGAAGGAAGCGGAGGUGGGGCGGUUAGCCCGGCGUCGCGGCGAGCUCGAAAAACGCCUCGCCCUCCUCCGGACCGAGACGAUGGCGUGGCAGGCCAAGGCCAUGGCAGACCAGGUGACGGCGGCCGCCCUCAACGCCCAGCUCGAGAAGGCGGCUGCGGCCCCGGAGAGGAAAGAGAUGUCCGGCGAUUCGCCGCCAGCGGAGGACGCCGAGUCGGGCUUCGAGGACCCGGACCGGGUCGAGCGGGAGCGGGCGUGCCGGUCGUGCCAGUAUCGCCGGGCGUCAGUCGUGCUCCUCCCCUGCCGCCACCUCUGCCUCUGCGACGCCUGCGACGCGGCCUCAGACUCAUGCCCGGUUUGCCGCUGUGUCACAACUGGUAGCGUCCGAGUCCUCCUCUCCUAAGCUCCUCCAGGCCAAGCCGUCCCCUCCACCCACGAGCAGCUCCAUCACCAAUCCCUCCAAACUCCGACUCCAAAAGAAGGGGAAAAAAAGAAGAAGAAGAAGAAGAAGAAGAAUUAAACCCCGUCCCAAAAAAAAUAAAAAUAACUCUUUUAUUUCGGAGAAUUCUUUGUUACUGGAUUCAGGUGGACAGCAUUUAGUUCAAGAUUUGCAAAGAUGUGUCCUUUAAUCGGCAUGAAAUAUGUACCCUUCUUUAUGUACUAAUUAUCUUCCCUGCUCUAUCAUUCCUUCCUAUCCUUCAA